AUGGAAGCUCAUCACGUUAAUAAUUUGUCAACAUUGGAAGCAAAGGCUGGAACUUCCGGUAUAGAAAAUUGCAACAAUUCUUUGGACGAUGCUGUGGGAAAAUUAUUACAAGGAUACGACUGGACGUUACUUCCAGUUACUUCCCGAGCUGGAAAUCGAAGAAACGCUCAUGUAAAACGACCGAUGAACGCGUUUAUGGUUUGGGCACAAGCAGCAAGACGAAGAUUAGCCGAUCAGUAUCCUCAAUUGCAUAAUGCUGAAUUAUCAAAAACAUUGGGAAAAUUGUGGAGAAUUUUAAGCGACGGUGAGAAACAACCGUUCAUCGAGGAAGCUGAAAGACUUAGGAAUGCCCAUAAAAAACAACAUCCACAUUACAAGUAUCAGCCACGACGUAGAAAACCAAAAUCGGAAGAUCAAGUAUUCGGUAAUCGGGAUUCGAUACAUCGUGGAUUAACAACAACCAUAACACCAUUAGAAACAGGUCCAGUUACUUCGGAUUGUAAUUACUCUCGUCUUUAUCCCGAUACCGAAGCAAAGAUUUACGAAAGACCGACUUAUCAAGAUACCAAAAGUACUUACGAUUUAUCCAGAGCUUCCUGGAGUAUAAACGAAACGAUUAAAUAUCCAAUGGAUCAUCAUCCAACCAAUAAAACUUCAUCCUUAGAUUCGUCAAACAAAUAUGACGUUAAUAUGAAAAAUUAUACCGAAAUGAAGUGUCACGAAACGAUGAAGUAUCAUCAAGUUUCUCCAAGCAAAUGUCACGAAAUUGCAACGAGCAAAUAUCACGCGGAAUCUAUUCCAAAAUAUUCCGAAUCGCAAAUAAGUAAACCUUACGAUUUACCGAAGUAUCCCGAUGCCAAAAGUUACACGGAAAGUUUGAAAUAUCAAAGUGACAUGAUGACCACAAAUGGUAAAUCUUAUGCUUGUAUACAUGGACAAUAUUAUCCAACACCAGAAGCUUAUACAAUGCAAGAAGAAAAUGAUUAUCAAACUCAAACUAUGCCUGCGCAUACUUUUUAUCCUUACAUAUCAGCGACCAUGUCUCAGGCUCCUUAUUAUAUGGGUCCACGAUAGAUAUUUUAGGAACUCGACCUAUUAUUUGUUAUUUUCUUCUUCGUUGAAACCAAAGUAUUAGGUGUAACAAUUUAAUUAAGUACCUUGAUAUUAAAUUGCAUCAAAAUGACCAUCAUUUUUUCAAGGAAUUCAACAAUUGCCUAAAAGAUGGACAGACCUUUGUUAAAAAUAAUAAAAAAAAACUAU